AUUAAGAUGAAGGGCAUCUUCAAAGGGAUGAGAUACAUCUCUCAAAUCUUUGUGGUGCAGCAGAAGGAGCAUGAGAUGGAAAUAGGGUACCCUACAGACGUGAAGCACGUAGCUCAUAUUGGCUCUGACAGUCCUUUCUGGAUGGAGGAGUUCAAAUCGGCAUCAGAUUUCUCAGGUUCCCUUAGCAAUUAUGGCUCUGUGGGGGAUUCCUGGGCUUCUCAAGAUUUUGAUCGGCAGAGAGACAUCUUCAUGGACCCGCCUUUGCCGCGCAUACCAAAGGCCCCGAAGAAGAAGAAGAAGAGGAGCAAGAAGAAGACGACGGAGUCGUCGUCGUCGUCGUCGGAGCAAUCGUCGGUGAAGCCGACGGAGUCUUUGGUUUGA